UCCGCUCGCGCAUUCGCAUUAAUUUUCACCCGCGCUUUCUGCCGACCUCUCCUUCCCUCCUCAUCUCUCCCCUUGGCAGGCCGCGGACCGCGGCGCGCCAAAAGCCCUCCACGUUCCCAUAAAAAAGAAAGAAAACCAGCCCUGCGUCGGCGAGUUCCCGGCCCCGAGAAAAAGCCCAACCGAAGACUCCCCGACCAACCCCAGCGAUCGUCGCUUGUCCCCCGGGCCGCGGGUGAAAGAUAGCCGAAAUGUGCGUUAUUCGUGCCCACCGCGCCAAUUGAACCGACUUUUUAACAUAUCAUUACCCGUAAUCUUCGAAAUUUCCCCUAGAAGAGUCCCUCCUCGCGUCCUGUCCCGUUUCGCCCGCCGCCGUCUUCCCGACGUUCCCCGACCACGUGGGCCGCAGCGCGAGCUGUCAAAGUGACGUUUCGGAGGUGCGUCCAGGGUGGAUUUUUGCCGUUCCUCGGACAUACCUUUUCGCGUGAGGUGUCGGCCGGCCUUUCACCCACCCAACGAAUCGAAAAUCGCCCGACAAGACGGAAGAGCCAAACGGGGAGGUCCCAAGGGUAUUCCAGUGUGUUGGUGCAGUGAAUCGAAAUUGAUACCGCGAUUGGUGCACGCGAUCCAUCUGACGUAAGGAAGAAGAGUCGAGCUAGGAGCGGAAACCUGCGAGAGGGAGAGAGAGGGAGAUACGCCACAUCGGAAAGAGAAAGGGAACCGCGAGCGAGAGGAAGAUCCGAUCUUUAAAAUCGAGUCCUUUCCCCUCUCUCUCUGUCCUCCCGGUCUCUUUCGGCCGGUCCUCUUCUCUCUCUCUCCGCCUCUGUCGCCCGGCGAUCCGGCGCUCGCGAGAAGACGAGGCGCCGCGCCAUCUGUCGGCGGGAAACGCAAUAACGACAAUGCCGAGGACCUCGAUCGUCGCUGCGAUGGAAACAUGAAGCGCGAAGAGGACCGCCAAACCGAUCAGCACACCGGCCGUCCAUAAAUGACCGAUGCGUCGCAGCCUAUCAGGAGUACUUCUAUGCAAAAUGAUUCGCGCCCUUGUCCUUCUCUGCACGGCCAUUCUACCUCUCUCACAAUGUCACAAGAUUCACGAACAUAUGACAACAGAAGAAAUGAUGUCGGUGUUUCACACGCAUCAUGCUUCAGUACCAGAGUACGAGGUAGUGCCUGUGUUGCACUCGGUCCACAAGAGGAGUCCGGAAGUGAGACCGGAAGUGCACCUUAAGGCAUUCGGAAAGGAUUUCAACCUCUCGUUGAAGCCAACCGAAGGCCUUUUGUCGGUAAAUCACUUACCGAUGUGGACAGUAACGAAGAAUGCGUCACGUCCCGAUGGCCUGCACUACGAGGACUUGCCGGAAGCGAGUGCCGACGUGGGCGACAUCUACCAGGACGCGGACAACAUGGCGUCCAUCCUGCUGCACCGCGACUCGUCUGGGAAAGUGCUCGUUGAAGGCAACAUCGGUUCGGAUUACGUUAUCCGAUCAUUGCCGCGGCGCAUCGUAGAAGAAAUCAUCAGCAAUGCAUGGAAACUCCAUAAGCCCUAUUUGUUACCGAAUGUAACUAACAGUACGACAUAUUUGGAGAGUACGCAUCAUCAUGUAGUCUUCAAGCGGUCUCCAAACCAUGUAGAUGACGAAUUCAGUGAUUUCGCUUAUAUGGAACCAGAUCACAUAUCCAAAAGAUUCAGAUCGAAACGAUCAAUUAGUACUAGAUCAAAGCGUGAAGCACCGUAUGUUAUUUAUCCAGAAAUCCUGUGCAUCGUGGAUUAUGAUGGAUAUAGGCUGCACGGAGGCGACAAUGUACAGAUUAAGAGGUACUUCGUAUCAUUUUGGAACGGCGUGGAUCUGAGGUAUAAAUUAUUAAAAGGACCAAAGAUACGCAUCAGUAUCGCAGGAAUAAUUAUUUCGCGGGGCCGAGAUGCGACUCCGUAUCUGGAAAGAAAUCGCGUGGGACGUGAUGCCAUUGACUCGGCGGCUGCGCUCACUGACAUGGGGAAAUAUCUCUUUCGGGAAAGGAGGCUUCCGGUCUACGACAUUGCCGUAGCGGUUACAAAAUUAGAUAUGUGCAGGAGGCAAUACGCGAAUGACGUGUGCAAUAGAGGAACCGCAGGUUUCGCGUACGUGGGUGGUGCUUGUGUCGUUAAUAAACGACUCGAAAAGGUCAAUUCUGUCGCCAUCAUCGAAGAUACCGGAGGUUUCAGCGGUAUCAUUGUCGCAGCUCACGAAGUUGGUCACCUACUGGGAGCUGUACACGACGGUUCGCCUCCACCGAGUUAUUUGGGAGGACCAGGAGCAGAGAAAUGUCGCUGGGAAGAUGGAUACAUCAUGAGUGAUCUGAGGCACACCGAGAAAGGAUUUAAAUGGUCUCAUUGCAGCGUGGCGUCCUUCCAUCACUUUUUGAAUGGAGACACCGCUACUUGUCUUUACAAUGCGCCUCACGAGGACGAGGCAUUGCCCAGAGUCUUGCCAGGAAAACUUUUAUCCCUAGACGCUCAAUGUCGAAAAGAUCGCGGUACUAGCGCCUGUUUCAAAGAUGAUCGAGUCUGCGCUCAGCUGUUUUGCUUCGAUGCUGGGUCAGGAUAUUGUGUCGCUUACAGACCAGCAGCCGAAGGCUCACCAUGCGGAGAUGGUCAGUACUGUCUGAAUGGAAAGUGUGUGGCGGAGCACGAAAAUAUUAUUCCUGAUUACACCCAGAACAUACCCACGUACGUUCGCCGUGAAAACGUUUUCAACGCUGCUACGCAAAAUCGACCAGUCUUCGCGCAGUACAAUAGUACAGACUACAGGUAUCCAUGGGAAGCAACGACACACAGCACAUCCGUAACAAAAUUCAAAUUCUCCUCGCGAUUCCCGAAUCUCUUUGCCUCGACGUCUACGAGCGUCGUUCCCUCGAAACGCGCUCCUCAGUCCUCGACGAGCUCGCGAUUUAGCUACCUAACUUACAGCACACAAAUGACACCGGUAACGAGGUACACCCAGACAACCGCCAGUAACUUAAUAGUCGACCACAACAAGACGAAAAAGAGUAUCGGCGCCACCGCCAAGAAAAACAGCAAUUACUUGAAUUCAUUGAGCUCCCACUCGACAGCGAGUCCUCCUCAAAGGAGCAGCAGUGCUCAUAACGACGCGAGUUAUCCUAAAAUUACUCCGUUCAAAUAUAAGAGUUCCUUCACCGCGGCUACAUUCGCAGCGACAGCCGAUGCCGAUGAAAAUGGCCUUCAAAAUGGUCAUGGAACAGGGGACGGUGAGUGCAUUGACGUGGGAUCCGAUUGCGCGGAGCUGAUUAACAGGCUGAGAACAUGGCUGUGCCAUUUGCAAUCUGUGAAAAAUCGCUGCUGCGCAUCGCUCAAAGCGCUUUGCCCUGGUUAAAGGCAUCCGUCCAUAUCCCAAACCCUCCUUGAAAUCCUGCGAUAUUAUUAAGCGUGAGAAUGAGUUCACUUAAAAGCACUAAACACCACGCAGAACGAACCAACGAGCGAGUUCAAAGAUGGGAAGAGAAGCCACCGAUCUUCUAAGAGGAGUCGGCAGGCCUUUCGAUGUGCUCUUGAAAAGUACUCAUCGAAACGUACAACCGUAGUUCCCUCCAAUGUCAGCGAGUUGUUUGGAAAGUCGUUGUACAACAGAGUUACCGGAGUCUUGAGGAUUCCCAUUGUGACAGAUGAACAACGAGGAACCAUUCCCACAGAUGGAUUCGCAUUUAAUAUUUAUUCGUCCAAAACGUGCUAUCCCAGUUACGAAGAAACUUGCAUCGUUCUCGACGAUGACGUACUCUGCCCGUGGAGUAGGAGCUACACGGCGAAGGAUCUAAGUAACAAAAACGUGUGCAUAAGUUAAAAAGGAAAUGCUGUAUAUAUCAUAAAUGAGUCUGUGAAAAUUAAUUAUCGUUUAUCGUACAAAGUACUUAGCUGAUAGCUUCGAUAUAGAGUUCGGCGAAACAAGGGCUCUGGGCAGACACUUUGUUCCAAGAUGAAUAGCCAUAGAUGUAACAACGAAUUACCUUUACCGAGAGAUGGAUAAAGAAAGCGUGGCACUAAAUGUAUCAACGGCUUACGAGUGGAACUAAGUGUUAGAAUUUGUUUCACUAAAAUGAGCAAUGAGCCUCAUACAUGGAGUUUGGAAGACGACUUGUGUUUUAAGAACAAGAAGCCAUUGUCAAGAACUACGUGUUGGUGAAGUGCAAUGGAAGCGUUGAUCAUUAUGUAUAUUCACAGUUACUUGCUUACCCUCCUACCUUUUUCAGUUAAGAAAUAAUCAUUCAAUCAUUUUCAGUAAUACCUUCCCAGUGACCGAAAAAUAAAAUGAGCCUUAUCGUACCGUCAACUUUUUAUUCAAAUUUCCUGUUAUCGAGCUGCAAAUCAUGCGGAAGUCUUAUUGUUCCUAUUCUCGGACCUAUGUUUCAUCACCGCACUGCCAUUUAUUGUAAUUGUAUACAAAGUGAUUUGAGGUACUAUAAAAUCUGUAUUGUGUGAUCGCAAAAUAUUAAAAAUAUAUCACAAAUACAAAAAUUUACGAAUCUCUGUUUAAAAUACAUAAACUUAUUGCUCCGAAUGGACAAUACUUAAUAGUAUUUGUCCAGUCACAAUUGUUAUUCAUGAACGACUGCGAACUAUUUUACCUAAAUGAAGAGAUUGAUUAAAAUGAUGUUUGGAUUCAAAUAAAAUAAAUGCAAAUAUCAAA